CGAGGUCUCGCCAGCCCGGCAGCAGCGCUCGGCGGCGAGGGUGGGGAGGGGGAGGCCGGGGCGAGUCUUAAAGGGCCCGAGCAUGCCGCUGCUUUUGUGACAGGGUCCUUUGAUCGCGAGGAGCCGCGCCGCCGCCGCCUGAGGCAGGCAGUUGUCGCCGGGCGGAGAGGAGGAGGAGGAAGACAUGCGCCCGUUGCCAUAAUGGAGAUAAAAGACACGGGCAGCGUGGUCCUGACAGCCUACCACUCUUACACCCCAUCCCGGCUGGAGCCCAGCUUCGCUCCGGAGAGCCCCCCCAGCCGGUCGCCUCUCAGGAAAUCUUUUCCUCGAUGCCAAAGAAUUAACAGAAUGCUGUCCAAUGAAUCCUUGCGGCCUCCAGUGUACAGCUGCUCCAAUUCUCAAGCCUCUGUUGACAGCACUUCUAUGGAAGAUUUCUGGUGUGAGGUAGAAAAUAUCAAAGAGAACACAGAAGAUAGGCAAGAUGAGCAAACCCUAUUAGAUGUCAAGGCUCCGGAUGAAGGGGAGCUGGAAGCUGAAUGGUUGCAAGAUGUCGGUCUGUCUACAUUAAUAUCAGGCUCUGAAGAGGAAGAUGGAGAAGCACUGCUGUCCACGCUGACCCGCACUCAAGCAGCAGCAGUGCAAAGGAGAUAUAACACCUAUACUCAAACCAUGAGAAAGAAGAAUAAACACACAGUCAGAGAUGUGCGUGAUAUUUUUGGUAUUCAUGACACUCCCCCCACAUUCGAGGCCAUACCAGUGUCACCUGUUGCAACCAAUGGCAUCCAACUUCCUGCACAGAAACCAGGUUGGGAAAACGUCAGGGCUGGUAGCUGCCUAGAAUGUGAAUUCGAGAAAGACAGUCAGUUGGUGAAAGAAGAGCUGUCUUUUGACGUCUCCUUCUCCGAAUCAAUUGUGGUUAUUCCAAAGCACAGAGAAUGGCACAAAAACCAAAGAUUAAGAAAGGAUGAAUCUUCCUUGCCUAACUUUACGAUUAGGAAAAGCCGUUUUGGACUGACAGAAGUUGGAGAUUUGUCUCUUGAUGACAUGAAGAAAAUUCGCUACCUCUCUCUGAUUGAGCUAACAGCCUUCUAUGAUGCUUUAGGAAUAGAGCUGAAGAGGAACCGAACAGAAAGAGUCAAAGGACGAGAAAAUGGCCUUUUUGGUGUUCCACUAGCAGUCCUGCUGGAAAAUGAUCAGAAGAAGAUUCCUGGAAUAAAAGUUCCUCUCAUCUUUCAGAAACUGUUGCUCAAGCUUGAAGAGACGGGUCUGGAAACAGAAGGAAUUCUUCGAGUGCCUGGAUCUGCUUCAAGAGUUAAAAGCCUUCGCCAAGAAAUUGAAGCAAAAUUUGAUGAAGAUACAUUUGACUGGGAUCAGGUACGCAACAAUGAUGCAGCAGGUCUGCUGAAGAUGUUUAUACGAGACCUUCCAAGCCCACUCUUCACUGUGGAAUAUCUGCCUGCUUUCAUCACUUUAGUGGAAAAAAUCUCCAAAGUCAAAUUACAGCUGCAAGCUUUGCAUUUGCUGAUCAUGUUGCUUCCCGAUGCCAGCAGGGACGCAGCCAAGGCCCUUUUACAGUUCUUGAAGAAGGUGGUUGCAAAUGAAAGGAAAAACAAAAUGACUUUAUGGAAUGUAUCCAUGAUUGUUGCCCCAAACCUCUUCAUCUACAAAGGCAAACGUGCAAACCAAGAAGAGAUGCUAGCAGCAGCCACUACAGCACAUGUCGUGAGACUUUUGAUUAAAUAUCAGGAUAUCCUGUGGAUGGUUCCAACAUUUCUGAUAUCUCAGGUGAGAAAGAUGAACGAAGCUGCCAUAAACAAUACAAAGAGACAGCUGAUGUUUGACAAGGGUGUGCGAAGGCUAUUGAGAAGAAAAACUAUGGAACGGGAGAGGCCUGAAAGAACAGAGUCUGAUAUACCAGAAGGGGUGAUAAGAGUUCAUGCUCCAUUGCAUUCAAAAGUCUCUAUGGCAAUCCAGCUGAACAAUCAAACAAAAGCCAAAGAUAUUCUGGCACGGUUUUACUGUGAAAACAGCCACGGAUCAUCAGAGAAGAUGCAGAUUCAAAGUUUACAUGAAAUCGGAGGAAAUAUAGGACAGCACUGUUUGGAUCCAGAUGCUUACAUGCUGGAUGUUUACCAUGCAAAUCCUCAAGCGGAAUGGGUGAUAAAACCAAAAAUAAGUUGAAACUUGUAAAAAGACACCUUGGCAAAUCACUUCUGAAAAUGCCAAAAGAAUGGUUGGAAAGCUUCCACAUGAAGAAGAGCCAUCUUGCUAAGGAUAAAACCAAAGUAGUUGCUACUCUGCAUGAUCUUCUGAACAUAUUUUAUAAUAUUGUCCCUUCCAAUGCAUCAUACAACCCAACCUUAGGGUUUGUUAUAAUAAUUUAUUUUGAAAUGAGUACAUUUUAAUACUGGUUUUACUGGUGCCUGUUUCAACUGACAUGAAGGAAUAUAGAUAGAACUUUUUGUUUAACAGAAUAUAAAAAACUGGAUUUUUUCCCUA